AUGCCAUAUAUCAACACUCUCAUACAAGUCUUUAUCGUCACUUCAACAAUCCUACGUACCACAGCGUUACCUCAAUCUGCCCUAUCAUCAACAUCCACAUCAACAUCCACAACGCGAAGAGAACGAAAAAGACAAAAUCCAAUAAUCAUAACUCCAUCCGAAACCACUGCGCCUUCGAGUGAAGAUGAGUCUUCAGGUGGGAUAGCUAUUCAGAUCGUCAUUCCGAUCAUAGUCAUUUUGGUAGUAGCGUUCGUUGUGAUUUUACUAAUCCUAAAUCGUACUCGUAUCCUAGCUUCAUUUCGUCCAUCAGUACGAAACGCUCUACGACCCAUACCAACCCAAGAUUCCACUCGAACUUUAACAGCUCAACAGCUAUCAGGACAUUCAUCAAGAGUAGAUCUGACCAAUACACAAUCACAAUCACAAUCACAAUCACAAUCACGCUCAACCACAACCACAACGAAUGAUCCACCACUGAACGCAAGAGAGAGAAGAAGGAGGGAAAGAGAUAGGAAUAUAAGAAGGACGGAAAGUGGCAGAAGUGUAAAAACAUUACCUGUUUAUAGUAAAGAUGCAGGUGACGAAGAAUUGGUUCUUGUAAGACAACGAUCAGAAUCUUCUUUCUCUUCCAACCAAGGAUCAAUCACAGAUAGCGAAUCUGAACAAGGUGAAACUCAAGUCGUCGAAGGAGAUAUCGAAACUGGACUCUUGCCAUCUAAUCCUCGAUCAAACUCAAUACGGUCGUCAGGCUCGCAUUCACGUAUACCUGGAGAUCAAUCGAGUUCAUCUCCCCCAUUAUUGUCAGGAGGUAUUCGAGACGAAUCAAUCGAGUUGACUGCUCGUUCAGCCUCACCUACUGCGUCAUCAAUGCCUCAAAGUGCACCUGCUGAAAUCCCACUUCGUACCGACUCAUUGAUGAGAAGAGAGUCAUUGGCACGUAGAGGAUGGGGUGAAGCUCCAACAUACUUAGAAGCAAUGUCUUCCCCUUCUUCAUACCCUUCAGGAUCUUCGGGAGAACAAGCAAACGUACCUCCACCCAGAGGUUUGAAAGAUAGGACAUCAUCAACUUUCAUGUCAUUACUUUCUCGUGCAGGUAUAACUCAACCUACACAAUCAACGGGAACAGGAACAAGGGCAAGGGGAACGUCAAUGGUGAUGAGAGAAAAUCGAAAUUCAUCUACGUCGUUAUUACUUCAUCCAACAACUUCGAGAGCUAGUACAUUCGCAUACGCAAACGCAAAUGCCAAUCCAGGAGGGAGUUCAUACAAUUCACCUUGGAAUUCAACGAAUGAUUUGUUAGUCAUAUCGAGUCCGAUUCCAAAUACGGCCAUUCGAGCUUCUUUCGAUUAUACCGCUAUACCUAAAAACGGUUUAACUCCAGAUCAAAUGAAAUUCUUAUCAAGUCAAGAAGCUGUAAAUCUUGCUGGAAUUAAAAUGGAUGAUGUACCGGAAUACAAAAAGAAACAAAGAAGACGAAGUGAAUAUUCAACUCUACAUCCAAAUCCACAUUUGAAUAUCAAUAAUAGUGGUGAAUUGGGCGAAUCAAGUAGAAGAGGUAGCAUAUCAACUUAUCAAUCUUUAACCUCACCUUCAUCUUCACCUUCCACUUCACCCGAAAGAAGGGAAUCAGACGCAAAUCAGAAUAGUUUACCGUCUUGGCAACAAAGUGAAGAUGAUAGAAGGAAGAAUCAAGCUUUCGAAAGGAGGAGCUUGAGUAAACCAGUAUUGUUACAGGCGGAGUCAGAACCGGGGUCGCAGGGCGAAGCGGAAGGCAUAGCUCAGAAUGAACAAGCUGGACCAUCUGGUAACGAUCAUAGAAACGAGGACGCGGAAGCCGCACAGAAAUCGCAAUCAAGUGCAAAUGAGAAUCAAGCUGAAGAUGAGAAUAAUACUUCUGCACACGUAAUGCCGAUAACUACAGACUCAAGGAUUUCCUCACAAAAAGAAAGUGAACCUGCUUCACCUCAAAUUUUCGUGACUGCUCAAACCGCUCCAUCGACUUGUCCAGCCAUUUCAAUACGAGUACCGAGUACCUCAGCCCCUACCUUGGAGAUCGAACCUCCCACACCUAUACUCACGACAUCGCCACCUCUAUCCGCAAUUGCGAUUACCUCUUCCAUCAGAACAUAG